UCGUUUAGAUGGCUACUAUACUCAACUGCCAAGAUAGGACAUUUCGCAUUGAGUGGCCGCGAAUUUGAUUGAGCAUGUCGAUCCCCAGCAUGUUCGGAACGUUUUUGAGUGCUUUGCAAUACAGCACACAUAUCGUCGUCGUGCCAGCGACACAACUAUAUAAGAGUCGUAUUGCUCUACGUUACUCGACUUCUGUACUCCCAAGCACUACCAUCCUCAGGGCCGAAUUCGCUUUAAAGGUCGCUCUCCUCUCGCUCAUUUGUUCUUCUGUCUGUACGGUGCUCCUGUGCAAUUCCUUCCAUUAUGCCUUCGCUCUCUGCUCUCGCCACCCUGUUGGCGUUCUCUGAUGUCAUCCUGGGCUCUCCAGUUGAUGUCCAGAAGCGCAAGCCCUUCUCCCUCGGCCAAGUCGAGCGAAAGAAAUUCGUCAAGCAUGGACCUACGCAGAUGGCCAAGGAUCUGCGCAAGCAUGGAGUCGCAGUGCCGGAAGCCAUUUCGAUCGCGGCGGCCGCCGGUCCGAACGGCAGUGCCCCAGCUGUUCCAGGCGACCAGUACGAUUCUCUAUAUCUUACGCCUGUCACCGUUGGAAGCUCGACGUUGCAACUCGAUUUCGACACCGGCAGUUCUGAUCUAUGGGUGUUCUCGUCCCUUCAAGCUUCCAGCCAAUUGACCGGCCACGAUUACUACAAAGUCGAUGCAAGCAAGAAGGUUGCAGGCGCAACCUGGAAGAUCUCUUACGGCGAUGGAUCAGGAGCAUCCGGCACCGUGUACGCCGACAAAGUCGUUGUUGGCGGCGUGACUGCGACCUCUCAAGCAGUCGAAGCCGCAACAUCCGUCUCCGCCGCCUUCCAGCGCGACACCGACACUGACGGACUCCUCGGCCUGGCCUUCAGCUCCCUCAACACCAUCAAGCCCACGCCGUCAAAGACCUGGUUCGACACCAUCAAGGGCAACCUCCCCUCCCCUAUCUUCGCCGUAACCCUCAAGUACCACGCCGCCGGUACCUACGACUUCGGCUUCAUCGACAAGUCCAAGUACACUGGCGAUAUCACAUAUGUGAACGUUGACAACAGCGACGGCUUCUGGGGUUUCACCGCCACUGGCUACGCCGUCGGCACCGGCGCCGAGGUCAAGACGUCCAUCCCCGCCAUCGGCGACACAGGCACAACCCUCCUCUACCUCCCCACCGCCAUCGUGAAGGCAUACUACGCCAAAGUCAGCGGCGCGAAGCUCGACAGCACCAACGCGGGCGGUUGGGUCUUCCCCUGCUCGGCCACCCUCCCAGACUUCACCGCCACCAUCGGCGGCGCGAAGCAGGUCGUCCCUGGCAAAUACAUCAACUACGCGCCCCUGGAGACUGGCAGCACGACCUGCUUCGGUGGCAUCCAGGUCAAUGACGGUCUGCCGUUCAGCAUCUUUGGAGACAUCUUCUUGAAGAGCAAGUAUGUUGUUCAUGAGUUGAGCGCGACACCCAGGUUGGGAUUCGCCCAGCAGGCAGGUGUUUAAGCGGGUGUUGAGAUAGGAUGAGCUGGGAUGGGACAGGGGAGUCAGCCUUUUGGUCCCGUCUUUCUUCUUCGGGGUUUCUUUUCUUUCUUCUUUGGUGGGAGUUUACCUUUUUGCGUUUCGCUAGGCAUGAUGAUGACUGUGUGUUGGGAGUGCAUUCCUGGGGACUCGAGAGGCGUAGCUGGCUGGCUGCGUAGGAUGUGUAGCAGGUUUCUUUUCAAAUGACACAAAUUUCCAUGAAAAUCGCUGAUGAGUCAUGUAAACCAC